AUGAAAAGGUAAAUCAACUCAGCUCUUAAAUCUCGUUAAACUCCAUAAUCAAUCACUAGAUUAAAGAGUGCAGUGCAAUUUAAAUUUUAAACUGAAACUCCUUAAUGUAGAACAUCUAUUGCAAAUAUGGACAGAAUAUAAACUGGUACUACUAUGCAUACAUAAUAUAAAACUAAUUUUUCAACAAGAGAAGAUGAAGUAAUUAAGACCUAAGUUUCAGAAGGUAAUUUAAGUAAAGUUACUAAUCUCAGGAUUAGAAUUGAUCCUAAAAGUGAAACGGAUGUUAAAAUGCAAAAUUAUUUUUACAAUAAUUAGCCUUUUAAAGUUCAAAGUAACAUGAAUAUGUAUAUAUCAAUUAUUAAUUUAUAGCAUAACUAAAAGCUCAUAAAAAUUGGUUGUUACUUCAGAUAAUUUAUAAACUUUGGAAGUUAAAAGAAAAAUGAAAUAUGAUCCUCUUAUUAGAUAGUAAGUUUUUCUGUUCAAAAUAAAAGCAAUUAAGAAUCCUUUACUUUAAAAGUUCCUUCGAUUUUUAGUCAGCAAGGAAAAAUAAUUUAUUGAUAUGAUUAAAUUCAAAUAAAACUAAUAAACCAUUGAUAUAAUUCAAGAUUUAAUUGAAAUGGCUAUUGGAACUUAAAUAAGCUUAGUUGUGGUAGAGGUUUUAUUAUUCUGUUCAUAAGCUUUAGAACAUUCAGGUUUAAUUGAAUUAUCUAUUCACUUAUAUAAUUAAACUAGAUUGUUAUGUAAUCAUUCUAAAUAACAAUAUGACAUUUAAAAAAUGAAAGCUUUUAUUGGUUUAUCAAAUUGUGCUGUUACAUAUGAAUCUUAUGAAAUUGCAAUUAAAUUUUUAAAGAAAUGUAUAUAAUAUGCUUGGCUUAAUAAUAAUUUAGAAAUUGAGAAUUAAGUUUAUUAAAAAAUGGGUAUUUGUUAUUUUUAUAUGGGAAAUAUAGAAAAAGUAUAAUGAUUAUAAAUUAUUUAGGCAUCUUUUUAUCAUGAAAGAAGUAUUACUUACGAUUUUGAAGUUGAAGAUUCUCCUUUAAGAAAGUUAAGUUGUGAUACUCUUAAAAUAUAUUUAAAUAAGCAUUACUCAAGAAAUUAUGCUGAAUUUGUGAAUAAUGCCUUACUAAGUAAAAUGAAUUUUUAAAUACCUAUUGAUAUUAAAUAAUGUUAAGAAAACUUAAUGAAUUUAACUGACCUUACUUAAUCACCAAGAGUCCAUUUAAGUACUGAAGGAUCAAGAAAAAUGUCAAUUUCUGGAGAAAAUUGUGAAUUAUCUUGUCUCAAAAUAAAUGGAAUGAGAUUACUCAAAGAUAUAUUAUCAUAAUAAGAAUUUGAUUUUUAAGUAUAUACUCCAAAACAUUCAUGUAUUAUUUUAAUUUUAUAAUAGUUAGGACUGAAAGCAAAUGUUUUGAACAUUUAAACAAUAAAAAAAUCCAUCCAAAAGAUAUUUAUCAUGAUGCAAAAUAUAAAACUAAUCCUUUCGUUAUUGAUGAUCUUGGAAUUAUUAAAAGUAAAAAAUCUAGUCAAGCUGAGAAUAUGAGUAAAUAUAAACUACCACUUGAUUAACAAAUAGAAAUUAGAUUAUAAUAAAAAUUUGAAUUAAAUUUAUAAGAAAAAAUUCAACAUUUUGUUGGAAGUAGUCAUUAAAAAAUGGAACAAAAGAAUAAAAUUUUAGUAAAUAAUAUUUUUACUAUUGUUUAGUUAACUCAUAAAAACUAAGAAAAUAGUAAAAAAAACAAAUAAAUGGAUGAAAUAAAGAAAUUUAAUGCAGUCGCUUAACUAUACUAAAAUUUGAUUAGUAAAUUAAUUGGAUGA